CUUGUAAGGUCACAUACGAGUUAAGCGCACCAACCUCUCCUGGCGGAGAUCGUCAGGGGAACAAAUUGCAUGAAAGCAGUUGCUUAACGAUCCUAUUUUCCAAGGUGCUUACAUUGAAGAGUUGUGCUUGGAGUGUUUAUGAUGCACGUUUGUAGGCACCUAGAGCGAGCGGACAUAUGGCAUCAAGGGCUCCAAAGGGGUUUACCCUCGCAGCGUACCUGCCGCCGCAAUUGAAACCACCAGAACAAAGCCAAGACAAUACGCAAACACCACCAGGUCAACCGCGUCCGCAGCGGUGUCGCUGCGAGGGACCAUUCGACCUGUGCUGGAGAUACCCUCACGCGACUCCAAACGCGACGUGUAAGCCAACGUGGGACAAGCUUCUGGCGCCGUUCCAGUACAAAGGUCGAGAAUGGACGAUUGUAGAGCUCAGGAGCCUCUGGCCCCACACGAUCCAGGCUUUGAACGAACGCCUUGCCAAGGGUCGCAUGGAGCGCACCCUCAAGGAGGACCUCCAAGACGACUUACAGGUGUUGGUUGACCUGAUCCAGUACUCCUGCAAGCCACAUCCUCGCCCACCCCGCGCCGGCAUGAAGACACUCAUCGUGCAAGGCCGCAUACUGGCGGAAGCCAUUGCCCAGGACGCCCUGUUCCAGCUAGACCCCGCCGACCCCUCCGCCCCCCGCCCCGACCGCGACCUGGUGGACCUCAUCAGCCGUCUGCGCGAGCACCACCCCAACUCCCUGCUCGCCCCCGCGCUGCACGUGCUCCGUACACUCGGCAACACCGCCGUACAUUUGGAUCGCGACAGCGCGCGACUGACGGACGGUGAGAUUGGCGACGCGGCGGCGGUGUGCUGCCGGUGCGUGGUGGCGGUGGUGGACGCGUACAUGCACAUGUGCGCCAACCUGCACCGGCAUGAGGAGACGCAGGCCGCCCUAGCUCAGCCGCAAGACGAUGCGCCCGUGGCGCCCAUCCCAGCUCCCAACGUGCUGCUUCGACCCCGGGUAGCAGCAGCAGCCACAGCCGCAGCCGCCGUAGCUGCUACUGCUGUUGCAUCGACAUCGCCGUCCUCAGCCGCCGUGGUGGUGGAGAGUACGGCAGUAGCGGCAGCGGUUGCAACGGCGACGGUGACGUCCGCGCCGCCCCCGCCACGUCCCCAAGCGCUGCUGUCACUGCACCCGCCGCCGCUGCAACCCCCCGCAACAGCUGCAACACAUGCUGCCGAUGGUGCUUCUUGCAGCCGGGUUGGUGUUGACGGCGGCCGGGGUGCGGAGGUAGGGUACCCGCAGAACGCUGGCAGUGGCGGCGGCCGGUCGAGGCGGGAUAGCAGCAGUGGCGGCAGCAGCGGCGCCGGUCGCCGGUCUCGCCGUAACUCUGCGGACGGCGCCAACGCUCGGCUUCAGUACAACACCCUGACGCCGCCGCUGCCGAUGCAGAAUGCGAUUCAGAACCUGGGUAGCCACAACAAUGCCGGUAGUACGUCGGGCAACGGGGUGACAGCAGGUGCCGCUGCUGCUGCUGCUGUUGAUGGUGGAGAUCUCGUGUCGGCUCGCCCGCUGACAAGCCGGGGAUGGUGGUCGCCGCUGCCAGCAGAAGAGUGCUCGGCGCUGAUCUCUGCUGCUGCGGCUACUACUGCACCGACCGCAGCGCCCCCGCCGCCGCCCCCAAUGCCUCUCAGUCUCCUCCGCCGCUCGCAAACCGGCGAGCGGGAGGCAGCGCAGGGAGAUGUAGAUGUGGGUGCAGCAGCGGACGCUUCCUCCUACGCUUCCCAUGCCUCGGACCUCUCCACCACGCAUCAAGCGGAGGGACGGCAGCAGCUGCUACGGCAGCAGUUCCCACCACCGCCGCUGCAAGGCCUGGCGUCCUCUGCAGCAUCGAGGAGCUGGCUGCCCCAAGGGCCGAUACCGGUGCCGCCCCAGCCAUCCGCAGGCCUUUGGGCAGGAUUGGAACAUCCCUCCGGUGCAGCAGGCGCCUCUGCCUCUGCCGCUUCCAGCGCUCAACAACGGCUGUUCAACCGGCAGUCCUUCUCAGCCUCGGCAUCCUUUUCCCUUCCGAACGACCCAUGGGACCGAGCUCCGGCGUCCAUGCAGACUGCCAACACGACCCCCAGCAGCAGCAGCGAUAACAACCUCCAUAACCUCAACUUGCACCCCCACUUCAGCGCGAGCUCCCCUGCAUUGCUGCUUUCCCCACAGCACCAGCAGCAACCGCACCCCCAACCGCAACUGCUGCAUGCAGCGUCGGCGUAUGUAACAACAGGGUCAACAGAGGCUGGGGGAUUCACCGGCUUGAUCAACAGCAGCAGCAACAACAACAAUGGCAGCGGUAGCGGCGGUGGCGGUGGUGGUAAUGCUGGCAGCAGCAGUGCCGUGAGUACCUCUGCGGAGGCUUCUAAGCGGCUGCUGCAGCUGUGUGCGGCGUCUCGGGCGCCGCCUGCCGCCAAGGUGCUCCAGCUGCUGCAGGCGGGAGCCAGCCUGGCAGCCACGGAAAAGUCCGGCAUGAACGCGCUGCACAUGGCAUGCUACUGGGGCCACGUGGAGGCGGCCAGGCUGCUUCUGCUGCAGCAACAGCAGGGCCUGCCGCAAGGCGGAGAUCUUACAGCAGCAGCAACAACAACAACAGUAGCAACAACCGCAACCGCAGCGGCUGCUGCUGACCGGGAGGGCCGUACGCCGCUGUGGGUUGCGAGCCAGCGGGGAAACCUAGAGCUCGUGGAGUUGCUGCUGGCGGCUCUGGUGGUGGGAGGAGGAACUGGCAAUGGUGGUGGAAAGGCUGCCGUGGAUGCAGCAAACGCGUCCGGCGUUACGCCUCUGCGGGUGGCGGCGGCGCAGGGGCAUGCGCAGGUGGUGGAGCUGCUGCUGGCGGCGGGGGCGCGGGUGGACGCGGCGGACAAGGACGGCUUCACGCCGCUCUACGUGGCAUGCGCCCGCAGUCACCUGGAGGUGGUGCGGCUGCUGCUAGCCGCCGGAGCUCCGCCGGACCGGGCCGACAAGGGGCAACGCACGCCGCUGUGGGCCGCGCUGCACCCGGGCGGUACGGCAAAGGCGGAGGCAUGUCCGGAGCGCCGCGCGGCGGUGGUGCGGGCGCUGCUGGGGGCGGGGGCGGAUGUGUAUUUGCUGCCGGAUGCACGCGACCGGGACUUGUGUUGGCAGCUGCUGGCACACAGCAUUGCAGAGGGGGGGUGAUGGAGGGGGAUGGAAAGGUGUGCGUGGCUGUGGAGUUCCAAGUGUUGUUGCUGGCAUGUUGCGGCUAUUUGGUUGCUCCUUGUGGCCCAACUGUGGUUGGAUGUGUUGCUGCUUUUACGUAGAUAAUGACUGCGCGAUGGUUGUGGGUUAUCGACCCGCCUUACCGGAUCAGGCAUGCCGCUCAGCAGGAGGUGCAGCAUCCUGUGAUGCAAUUGCAACGAGAGGCCGUACGGCAUGUGCGAUGACCGGUGAACGUUGUAUGUAGUCGGACGUCGCCGUAAACGCCCACAUACCAUCCGUACCAGCUCGCUGAGUCCUUGCAAGGCAAAGAUGUACGGCCAUCGCCGUACUUGGUGUACUAACACAAGGAUACGAGCUGUGUCGCUCUGGUGCUACACUGUUUUCACACUAACUCGCACAUACAGAAGCCAUCAGCGUGCAUUUAAUGUAAUAACUAAAGCGCAGAGUCUAUUAGCUACUGCCUUAACUACGCUGCGCCCAAUACGGUCGUCGACCACACCUUACAACUGCCGCCACGUGGAACAUGGAGCGGCAACCGUUAACCGUCGCCAUAGUGCCGGGCAACGGCGCAGGAGACGUUGAGGAGUGCAACUGGUAUGGAUGGCUGCAAGCCCAGCUGCAGACCCGGUGGCAGCCCAGCCAGCAGCAGGUCCGUGUCAUGCUGCGGAACAUGCCCGACCCGGUGCGCGCUCGAGAGUCGAAAUGGCUGCCUUUCAUGGCUGAGCAGCUGCACUGCGGUGAGAACAGCAUCAUAGUAGGCCACAGCAGCGGAGCGGCAGCUGGAAUGCGCUUCGCGGAAACGCACAAGGUGCUCGGUUUGGUGCUGGUGGGCGCGUACGUGAGCGAUCUGGGCGAUGCUAAUGAAGCCGCUUCGGGAUACUUUAACAGGCCGUGGCAGUGGGACAAGAUUAAGGAGAACACGGGUUUCAUUGUCCAGUUCGCCUCCCGCGACGACCCCUUCCUGCCCUGGUCGGAGCAGCAGCAGGUGGCUGCACGCCUGGGUGCGCAACUGCACGCCUUCAGCGACCGGGGACACUUCCAGGACGAGGAGCAGCCGGAGCUGCUGCAGGCGGUGAGCGAGAGGCUGAAGGCGGCCCUGCUGGGCUAGUGCAUGUGGACACACCACUUCAUAACCCUUGUUCCCGUUUAGGGGACCAUUGUAAGAUUCGCAUCAAUUAUUCAUUCACCUUACUGGUGGGUCCUCCGUUAUACUCAUGGCUGCCUGGAGUGCCGUUCGGAGUGUCAGGUGCAAGGGACAGCUUGUGCACAGGUGCUUGCAUCGUAAUAGUGCGGGAGUAAGGAUUGGGAGAUUGGUGUGUUGGUAGGGACAUGGAAGUGUGUGGUGGGAGGCGUCAGCGAAAAGUAGACGAGGACGAGGAGGGAGGAGGAUGUAUGUGGAGGGCGGUGGUGUGUGCUUUUGCAGGUGUCAGCCAGGUGUCAGCAAUUGGUUUGUUGAUGCGGUGCUCUGGAGGUAGGGAUCGCUGCUAGAUCUACAGUACACGAUGUCAGCUGUGCUGUAGAAAGCUGGACGGCGGGCCGGCAGCACGGUCUCUGCGUUGAUGGUGGUAAUGUGUAUCGGGUAGCCGAAAUGGGGCGGGAUUUCGGCAGCUGAUGGACUGUGGCUGCUGCCGCAAGACGUUGUUAUGUGCGGUGCGUGCGCAUGUAAGGAG